AUGUCAGGCCCAAUUCACGAUGCCCAUAAGAUCAGAAGUGAGAAAUUGGACCCGGAUUUUCAUUCCUUUGUCCUCAUCUACUACAAUAACAUCGUCGUUCUUAUGGAUCCGGAAUACAGCAAUGCAGACAGGAUGGAGAAGUUGGACAAAAAUGGCGAAAAGAUCCUGAUGAGAUUUACAAAGAUUGGUGGUGGGCUAGGAGUUCCAAUUCCGUUGAUGAGAAUGAUAAAGAAUAAGUACAAGGUUGAGCAAUGGUGGAUGGGGAAGGGUACAGAUCUGGCUGCAAGUGACGGGACUAAUUGCAACAACCUCACACAAGAUAUCAUUCUCAAUGUGCUCAAAAUCGAUGAAAAAAGGGAGGUAGAUUGGGCUGCAUUGAGCUUUGAGGAGCUUACCUGUUAG